UAUCUUGGAGUGCCUUGAUGGAAUGGUCACUUCUUAUUUCCACGGCAGACACUCAACAGAGGAGACGUAUAGUGUAUUCAGGCCUCUGGCCGUCAGCGGUCCGAGAUGAUCCUCUUCACCUUUAUUGUGGGACUGCUGUCCUGUCAGGUACAAGCUUGGUCUCAUCCUCGGAUGAGGGUAAAUGGAAAAGAUCCAAUUGAAUCCGGCGUGGUCAUUGAUGAUGGUUCUCGUCUUGUUCUGACUUGCGAGGGUGAUGGUCCGGUGACUAUUGAACCUCGGCUAUAUAGGUACAAAUCAUUCCUCAAGCAUAAUGGGAACAGCUGCAGCUUUACAGUGCAAAAAGCUAGCUACAAGUUCACAGGCACUUAUAAAUGUGUGUACACUGGCAUCAAUCCCUCAAACUUCUCGUCUGUGCACAUAUUCGUAAGACAUUCAGAUUUUCUCUUUGAAACCCCAUCAAAUAAUAAAAUUAUCAGGAAGGAAGGAGAGGAUGCCCUUAUUCCAUGCCUUCUUACUGACCCUGCGGCCACUGAUUUCAAGUUACGCAUGGAGAAUGGGUCUGCACCACCGCCCGACAUGGACAUAAGCUUUGACCCCAAGAGGGGGAUGCUGAUUCAGAACCUCCAGCUUUGGUUUAGUUCAACGUAUGUCUGCAGUGCCAGGAUAGGAGGAGUAGAGAAAGUGUCCUCAGCCUUCAGUUUACUAGUCACCUUUAGAGCCCGUUCUCCACCCUACGUGUCCCUGCAAAAUAAUGAGUAUGUUCGGCUGGUUGGAGAGAGACUAGAGAUUAUCUGUUCCACCAGCAACCAUAACUUCAACUACAUUCUCACCUGGAACCACUCAUCACGUUUGAAGCUACCAGACCCAGAGAACAAGCCUUUAUAUGAAGAUAAUACUGUGAAAAUCAGGAGUACUCUGAUCCUGCCUUCAGUUACCAUGUCUGACUCGGGGAAUAUCACCUGUAUAGGAACUAAUGAGGCUGGAGUCAACAGCUCCACCACACGCCUGCUGGUUGUGGAUGAACCAUACCUUAGGAUGUCCCCCAAGCUCUCCUCCCAUCUGACCCAUAAAGAUUUGUCCAUUGAUGUCCAUGAGGGGCAGGAUGUAAAGCUAGGGGUGACCAUAGAGGCUUACCCACAAAUCACACUCAAGCAGUGGGAGGGACCAGUGUUUCUCAACAACUCACAACACGAAAUCCAGUUCGUCAGCAAUAAUAACAGGUACGAGGCAGUGCUGCUUCUGAAGAGACUGAAAUCCAAGGAACACGGCAGAUACACCUUCUACGCCAACAGUAGCAUGGCUAAUGCCUCCAUAACAUUCACUAUUCAAGUUUAUGAGAAACCAGUUAUUGUGCAUAAAAGAAGGAAUGAGAGCUCCCUAAUAUGCACAGCGUCUGGCUACCCAACUCCCAGAAUCCUCUGGUUCCAAUGCCAAGGAAUCAGGCCAACGUGUACAGAGAAUUCUACAGACGUGGAGGCUCACCAGUUGUUCACAGCUGAUAUGGUGGAGGUGAAGACCAACGAGUUUGGACCGGUGCAAGUGAAAAGUUUUAUAACCAUCACACCAUCCAAUCAGAAGAUGACAGUAGAGUGUGUGGCACAAAAUCUGCUUGGGCAAGAUAGCAAUGUAUUCCCUAUAGACCAAUCUGAGAAACUUUUUACUGCAACAUUGAUUGGAGCCAUAAGUGUGAUGGUUUUCCUCCUUCUACUCCUCCUCAUCCUCAUGUACAAGUAUAAACAGAAACCCAAAUAUGAGAUUCGAUGGAAGAUUAUUGAAGCCACAGAUGGUAACAGCUACACAUUUAUCGACCCCACUCAACUUCCUUAUAAUGAAAAAUGGGAAUUUCCAAGGGACAAGCUUAAAUUAGGGAAGAUUCUGGGCUCAGGGGCAUUCGGGAAAGUGGUGGAGGCUACAGCAUAUGGUUUGGGGAAGGAGGAUAAUGUGACCCGCGUGGCUGUGAAAAUGCUCAAAGCCAGUGCCCAUUCAGAUGAGAAGGAGGCUCUGAUGUCUGAACUGAAGAUUCUUAGUCAUCUCGGACAACAUAAGAAUAUUGUCAACCUACUGGGAGCCUGCACGUAUGGAGGUCCUGUGUUAGUCAUCACUGAAUACUGCUGCCAUGGUGAUCUUCUGAACUUCCUGCGUAAUAAAGCGCAGACCUUCUUAAACUGUAUGGUUUCAAUCCCAGAGGAGAGGAACAACUAUAAAAAUGUCACAGAUGACAAAAUGUUCUUUAGAAGUGACAGUGGGAUUUCCAGCACUUGUUCAGACAUUUACCUGGACAUGAAAUCUCUAGUACCCAGAUCUCAGACUGCACGCAUUCCUUCCUGCAGUCAAGAAGGAGAUUUGUUGGAUAUGGAUGACCUGCUCAGAUUCUCCUACCAGGUGGCUCAGGGACUCGAGUUCCUCGCGGCUAAAAAUUGCAUUCACAGAGAUGUCGCAGCCAGGAAUGUUCUUCUGACAGACGGGGGUGUGGCUAAAAUCUGCGACUUUGGACUGGCCCGUGAUAUCAUGAAUGAUUCCAACUAUGUGGUUAAAGGAAACGCUCGUUUGCCAGUGAAGUGGAUGGCUCCAGAGAGUAUCUUCGAGUGUGUGUAUACAGUACAGAGCGAUGUUUGGUCGUAUGGUAUUCUGCUGUGGGAGAUCUUCUCUCUGGGUAAAAGCCCAUAUCCAAACAUCCUGGUGGACUCCAAGUUCUAUAAGAUGAUAAAGUGUGGCUAUCAGAUGUCCCGUCCUGACUUUGCCCCACCUGAGAUGUACACCAUAAUGAAAACAUGCUGGGACCUUGAACCCACACAGCGUCCAACUUUCAACAAGAUCGCUCAGCUCAUCGAGAGGCUGCUGGGAGAAACACUAGAUCAGACUCAGUACCAGAACCUGCAGACAGCAGAAGAACUGGAUGAAGAGCAACUGGAGGCCUGCGAUACUACCAAAAGUGAUGAAGAAUCAUGCGAGCAAGUGGAAGCUGAGCAGCCCCUGAUAAAGGCCAACAAUUAUCAGUUCUGCUAAUUCCUGAAUGAACUACAUUCUCAGGACACUUUAAAUAAAAAGCCAUACACUCAUAGGAAAUACAGUGGGGAAAUAUGUAAAAAAAAAAAUAAUAAUAAUAAUAAUAAUAAUAAAUCAAGGUGUUAGAAUGGCCCAGUCAAUCACCUGACUUGAAUCCAAUUGAACAAGAUUUAAAGACAAUACGUUUAGAGGAACGGGCCAAAAUCACACCUGAAUACCGCGGCCCAUUAAUUUCUUCAUACAGGGAGUGUCUUGAAGCGUCAUUACAAACAAAGGCUUCUCCACUAAGUAUUAAAUACAUUUAAUUAGUGUGUUCAAUACUGUUUUCCUGUGUCAUUCCUCUUUAUAACACAAUUUUAUUUAUGGACUUUAAUGUUGUGAAUUCUUUAUAUUUCUAGAUUUCUUGAGUUAAUACCAAAGUCUGGUGAAAAUUUCAUGUGAAUAACCUCAUUGGAAAUAUAUUUACUGAAAAAAAUGUUGACGCGUCCAGUACUUAUUUCCCCCACUGUAAAUCCUUUCCCAAAUCCAGUAAAGAGGGUCAAAUUCAUCUGUUUCAUGCCAAGUUCAUACGUCGCACCUUUCAUCUGACUCGUUUCUUGUGUUAAAUAGCAGUUCCCUCUGUGGGUGAGAAAAAAAAAGCCAAUUCAGCAUUUCCAACUUCUAGUUUAGAAGCAAGCUUGCAAAGUUCACUUCCAUAUUUUUCUCCGUCUGUUCUUGAAAAGUGGAAAAGCGCAAAACAGUGGUACUUUGUGUUCUUACGCAUGCCUAUCCGUUUUUAAGUACUUUUACAAGCUGGGUUGACGGCUUCAUCGGCUUCUCAUGUAAUAUCCACGCGAUGCUUUUUAUAUUUGAAUGACUGGAUCAAUAACAUUAUUUAACAAGAGUUUAGACCUGUGAUUCAUCAUGCUGUAAGAUUUUUAACAAGAUUUAUAAAAAAAAAAAAAAAUAAAAAAUAAAAAAAAAAACCAACCCAACCCCAAAAAACUUUGACAGCUUUUUGAAUUCCACUUGUUUAUGACAUUCAUCACUGUUCUUUUAUCAGAUAUUUCUGUAAGCCUUGUUCAUUAAACUGUAUACUGUGUAUAUGUGUAUUUGAAGUAGCAUUAAGCAAACACUGCCAUGUGUAAAUAAUGUCUAAGAUUGUGAUCAUCCUCAUGAGUGCUCUGUAUUUAAUCAGUAGUGGUCUGUUACACUUAAUCAUUUUAAUGUCAUGCAAUGGCAUUUGACAUGAUUAGAAUAAAUCACUCCUGGUCACCUGUACUGAUAAAUCUUUAGAAACUACUGCCACUGAAGUUCUCAUAGACGGAAAAAAAAAGUAACUGUUAGAAUAUUUCUUGUUACAAUAUAUUUCUGUAAAGGUUUUCCUCCAGGUUGUGAUGAAUGUCGUGUUAUAUCAAACGUCUGUGUUCACGAGACUUUUCUUGUCUGUAUUUUGUUUCCAGCUAACUUCUCAUAAGCUAUUCAGAAAAGUCAAGAAAACAUUGCAAAGCUUUUAAAGUUAAAUAAUAAUAAUUUACUAGAGCUGUUAUCUACUGCUUUAAUACAGUGUAGCAUGUUUACGUUUUAUUCAUUGAAACUGUUAUUGACAUGAUUUGUUUUCGUGAUUGUCGCCAUUGCAUCGGUUUAAAAGAAUAUGGAAAUGAAACAAAUGGAGUGAAAGAAAGUGAAAAUAAUCGUUAUUGUUUGUUAAAUCAGUAUUGCCGCUUAAUCAAUCAGUAAAUUAAUUAACUGUACAUUUAGUGACAGCAUGUAAAAAAAAAACAAAAAAAACUGGGUCAUAAUAAAACCUGAAAAAUAAUCUACAGUGUUAUAAAUAUGUAGCAGUAUGGACACAGUUACAAUAAACGUUGUUAAUUCUUA